GUCGUGAUGCACGCACAUGACGAGCAGUUUAUGCGAUUGGCGAUUGCGCAGGCGCACUUGUCCCCGCCGACGGAAAGCGCCUACUGCGUGGGAUGCGUGAUCGUCAAGGAUGGCGAGGUGAUUUCUACGGGGUAUUCCCGCGAAUUACCAGGCAACACGCACGCGGAACAAUGCGCGUUGGUCAAGCUGGACAUGCAAGCCAGCGGCACAGAGCUGUAUACUACAAUGGAGCCGUGUAGCGUGCGACUGUCUGGGAACAAGCCGUGCGUUGAGAGCUGCAUCGCCGCCAACGUGUCAAGAAUUGUGAUUGGCGUGAUGGAACCAACCAAGUUUGUGCAAUGCAAUGGUGUUCGAUUGCUUCGGGAAAAGAACAUUCAAGUGGACCUCCUUGUAGGAUUGGAGGCCGAGUGUCUGGCCCCCAACAAGCAUCUAAAUCUAUAGCCAAUCUCAAUCGUACACUUCAUCGAUUCGCC